AUGAGUGAGUUUCUUCACUGUAUAAUUUACGAUAUUACAAGCACAGAAAACCUCGGAAUUCUACUGAUGCCAUUAGAUCAAUUGAAUAGAAAUGAAAAUUUAUCAGAAAUUUUUAACGCUUUUAUUCUUGUAGCUCACCAGGCACAUCAUUCACUUUGGGAAUCUUCUGAAAGCAAGCUAGAUCAUUCUUUGAUUUACUAGAAAAGAUUUUAAAAGUUUCAACCUGUACAACUUCCUAGUUUCCUAUAAACAAUAGAAGCGAGAUUUGAAGGCAUAGGGGCAGUAAAAAAUGGGGUUUCAGGUCAAAGCAGUAUCUUAUAUAGUUUUUCAUUGCAAAUCGAAUGGUGUAUUCAAAAAAAUUACAGAUGUGACAACUUUAGAAGAAAAACGCGAUUUUACUUUCCCGCCUUUAAUUUUGAAAAAAGCUUUGGAUCGGUAUGCAGACAACUGAUUACAGUAGCCGUGCACGCGAUGUUGCGGACGUCUCAUUAGACUCGCAUUUCGGGAGAAAUAACCGGAUAUCUACUUCAAAUAAAGAGUUUCUCCUUUGAAAAAUCGAUUAAGAAAACAAAAAACACACAUUGAUAAUAAAGGAAACAUAAAAUAUCGCUAUCCCAAUCGAAACAUGUUUGAAAUCAUCAUUUUUCACCAGAAAAGCUUUUUUGCGAUCAAAGUUUGCAAAUUAUACAUGAAUAGAAAGCUUUUGUGACGAAAAAAACUUUGGUGACAACAGAAAAAAUUGAAAACUGAAAGAAACGAAGAAAAAAGCGAAAAUCCGGAAAUUGGCGAAGCCUGUUGUCCAUAGAGCAACUUUACUGCAAAGCGCCCUUUUCGCGGGAACUCAAACUUUCCUCUCUCCGACUUUGAAUUAUUUUUUCUCCAAAACUAGGAGGUUUGGUACAUUUCCAAGUUCACCGUUCGAUUCGCAAUGAAAAGCUCUACAAAGUACUGCUUUGAACUGAAACACCGUUUUUUUACUGCCCCUAUGCCUUUAAAAAGCAAGCGGACAAAAUUAGCCUAUUUUGACCAUUUUUUUGAUAUUUUUUUGAAUUAAAGAUUUUUUUAAAAAUAGGAAUUUGUGAAGUUUAGGACUUUCAGGAUCUUCACCUGGUACAUCAAGGAGUGUUCUGAGGAGUUUUCAGCAAAUUCUUAAUUACAGAGAAAAACGACCUAACUUCCUUGGGAAAGUAAAAAAAAAAGACAAACAAAUAUCUUUCGAGUUGAAAAUGAUUUUGUCAACAUGAAAAGUUCUGCUAAAUAGAAUUUUCUAAGCCGUGGAUGACAAGCUCAAAGAUGAAGACGAACCUCGAGGUCCAGGAAUGUUCGGUAAACUGUAUUUAAAAGCGGCACAGAAAGUGGGAAAAGCAGAAAAAACAAAAGUAGAACCGGCUUUCCAGGUAUACCACUCGGGCAAAGUCGGAAUGGUGGGUAAUGGCCGCUAAAAGGGAGACUCGAGAAAGGCCGCAGAAAGGCAGCAAAAAAAGUCCCGUUACUGGGCCUUCCAUGUUUGACUUUUAAAAGGCUCCAGAAAUGAUGGAAAAAAGGAAAGAAAGCAAAAAAUGGUGCAUGAGAGCCGAUGAAAUGGCGCAAAAAAAGGAGACUUUGUCAUUUUAAAUGAAACAUUUCUUUGGAGCUUUUUUUUCACCCUUCCGACAUUGCCUAUGCCAAUACCUUGAGAAAAAAAAUUACAUCAUAUCACACAGGAAAACAUCAACAGAGUUGUGAAAUAUCACAUUGUGGCGGACAAAAUAGUCGAUUCGUGUGAGAUGCAAAUACAGGUAAAAACGUUUUUGUAUGGGAAACGGUUUUUAUUCAUUCAGCCGGAUAUAGCUGCUUUAAGCCUACGAAUAGAACACGCGAAAGAUGAAAACCCAUGGGAGUUGCUAGCAGGGUGGAUGACCCACUUAGGCACUUUUCACUACACAGGCAACGAUACAGUAAGUUAAAAACCUAUGUCAUAAAUGAGCAUUUCGAAAGUUCUUUAGAUCGAAAAGCCACAACAUUACAUAGAAAGUUUUAAAAGAUGUAAUUUCAACAAAUUAACGCGAAGUCUUUCCCAAAAUUGACGGCUUAGAUGGCGAAUCAUUACAAGCAUACUAACGUAUAGACAGACAUUCAUGAUCACGAUGACUUAUUCGCAAGGAAGUAAUCCAUAAAUCAGAAGUUUCUAGAAAACGCUGGAAAGGUACAGUCAGGCAGCUGCAAAAAUAGCAAUUAAGGAAAGACAGGCUCAAACGAGAAGUGAAGACGUUCUUAGGAUAACCAUAAAAAAAAAUGUUUAAGGUCGCAUGCUGAUUCGCAAGAUGCGAGCAUACGUAAGCAUCGAGAGCUCUAAACUCAACGAAGACAUUACAAAGAUGCACCAAUACCUAGAAGCAAUCGACGAAAGUCGGCAUUUAGUAAGAAAAAUCAUCUUCAUUCGUGCAAAAAGUCCCAAAUUUAAGUUAAAAGAGUCUAAGACAGUAAACGAAGUGAAGAAGCGAGGUGAGGAGUGUCGUCGAAACAUAAUCGGUUUCAAUCGGAGGGUGGCUCCUUUAGUUCAACUUCUAAAUUCAACAAAUCUCAGGCUAACAAUCUUCAGAGCUGCAUCGAUGAAAUGAGUGUCAUUAUUCGCCUACACCAGCUCGAACUGAUACGAGUUAACAUUUAAAGUGUAACAGAGCAUAGGAAAACCAACAUUUCAGUACUGCAACGAACUGGCCUACCUCAAUCGUGCUAAAAACCAGAUACUCGUCGAAGCUCGGUUGCGUCUUGGAAGGAAAAAAUGA